UGUAACAACACAUGGUGCUGUGCAUACACCUAGAACAAGUCCGCAGCCACCCAAAACCGAUAUGAAUGAUACACAAUUACAGAAAAAAAUUAUCAAAAAACGAUCAUCACAGCUCUACCCGACUCCAUCAGUAGUAAUAGACAAAUAUGAUCUCGGCAAGAAAAUGGGCGAUGGUAAUUUUGCGAUUGUUAAACGAUCAAAAUUGAAAGGAGCUGACAAAGAAUAUGCAAUUAAAAUAAUUGAUAAAUCAAAAAUGAAGGUAUAUUCAUAG